AUGAGUAACCCGACGACGUACACGCCUCUCGAGUCGCUCUUCCUCUUCCAGUCUCUCCUCAACAUUGGCAUCGACGCCGCCGCGUUUACGCACAUAUCCGAGACGCUCACAAAUAAUGCGCUGAUCAAGGGCGGGGAGACGUAUGACGCGGCGCGGCUGAGCCCCAGCGCGCUCCAGCAGCUGUUCUUGCUGCUGUUGCGCGAAGAGCUCAAGAGCGACGCUGAGCGCGCCGAAGCGGCGCAGGCGGGAGCAUCGCCCUCCAAGAGGCGCAAGAUUACGGCCCCGUCCAUACCGACGCUGAAAGAGGCUUACCAGCAUAUUAGAGAAGAUGAGCGCAAGUUCGCCACAGUACAAAAGGAGAUACAGCUCUUGGAGAAGAGCGAAAAGGAACGCCUGGCCAGGUCAGCAUCCCAAAGUGGCGCGACAGCUCUCGCGCCGCGCGACAACAAGAAUACUUCAUUGGGAUCCAACAGCCCCAGUCCAUCGCCAGGACCAACACCGGGCGUCGUACCUGGGAUCAAGAGGGGCGCCGUGGUUCCGACACCAAAAGCUCCGGGAGCCGGCGCACCUCUACCGAUAGUAGCCGGGUAUGCGCACUUGCAAGCUGGAACGCCGCCGGCCCGACCAUCACCAUCACCAAAACCAGCGAGUGGCAUCCAGGCACCUGGUGGUCCGCCACCGCAACCGCAACAACCUUCUUUACAACCAGCGCGACCCGGCCAGACAAUACAACCUGGGAGGCCUGGUGCUGUCCCUACAGGCUUCAAGCCAUAUACAGGAGCGCCAAUAGGCAUCCCGCACCAUGGUACACCUCAAAACCCCGCCGCUCAAGCUCAAAUACACCAAGCGCAAGUCACAGCCCAACAACGUCCCAUACCCAAUCCUCCUAGCCUCAGUCCUGCUCAACAACCACCUCUGCAAGCUGUACCGCCGCACGCUGCACCACCGCAAGCUGCCCCUCUGCAAGCUGCACCUCCGCAACAUCCUCAGCACCGUCCGAUUGCAGCAAACCCAAACCAUAUCCCUGGCCGUCCUAUACAGCCGCACCCUCAAAAUCUUCGACCUCUGGCGUCCGCAUCACCUCAUCCAACACCAGUACACCAAAAUAUGCCGUCUAAAUUGGCUCCCACGCAGCCAGCUUCCGGGCAACUGCAACCUCUUUCCAGAACAAACUCGCCUGCGCGGCUGGAUGGAUCGCCAUACGGCCCCCCAAAGCCAGCGAUUCCUGAGCACAUGAUCCGCCAAGCAAUCGGCACACCGCAAGGGAAACGAUCUGCGGCUCCGUCACAGCCUCAGACACCUGUACAAGUCAGCUCUUUGUCAUUGACCAGAGGAUUUGGCACUAAAUGGGCAUCACACUCCACACCGUCAACGCCACGGCCGAUCAUGGAAGAACCAGAGAGUCCGGCAUUUGAGCCUGUUAGCCCUCCUCAGCGAGCGAACUCAAUUGCACGCGGGUCGUCAAGGUCUGUGUCUGUGAAGGAUACACCGAAGAAGCUGGAGCCUGCUAGCCGCAACCGCUCAUCCCGCACUAGUCAACGUGGUCGUGCCAUCAGCUCCACGCCUUCAGCAGCGGGCACAAGGCGCAGCCAGUCGGUUGUCUCCCAGGCGGACGAGCCAUCCACAGACUACCGUCCCAAGGUCAAGAAAGAAGUUUCCACGCCGCGCUUGCAGGAGGAAACUGGGGAUACCACCGCCGACGAAAGUGUUCAUGGUAAGCACAUGACAACCCCUGGCAGUGUUUCGUCGCACGCGUACAAGCGAAAGCGACAAGAUACUCCGCAGGAACCUCCUGCGCCGCCAACACAUGUGCUAUGGACGCGAGGUUUCACAAAGGUCUCGUCGUCGGCACUCGACCAAAUCUCCAGCCACCGGGAUGCAAACAUGUUCGCCACGGGCAUCCGCGAGCGCGAUGCGCCCGGCUACAACCAGAUCGUGCUCCAGCCCCAGGACAUCACGAAAAUCCGCGCAGCAAUCAAGCACGGCAAUAAGGCUGCCUCUACCGCUGCGUCGAACCUUCCUGGUGGUGACCCUAGCGGCCCCAGCGUCUGGCUGCCCGUGUCCGAAGACCUGACACCGCCUCAAUCCAUCAUCAAUAGCGCGCAUCUCGAGCGGGAGUUGGUCCACAUGUUCUGCAACGCCAUCAUGUAUAACCCUGACCCCGACCGCGGCCCCGGCCAGGCUUUCAUGAACCGCCUGCGGGACGAAGAGGAGGAAAUCAUCGGCUAUAGCGUUGACGAGGACGGCGUGGUGCGCAACACGCGCGGCAUGUUUGUCGAGGUCGAGAAACUUCUUAGCGACUUGCGCAGCGCCGAAAAAGACCGCGAGCCACCGGCGCCCGCCACCGCUUCCACCACCACCGUCCCUGCUGCUGCUGCCCUGGCCACGACGGAAACGGGCUCGGCGUCGGCCGCAGCGGCAGCAACGGCUGACGAUACGGUGGAGGAGGAGGAGGAGGAGGAGGAGGAGGAGGGAGACGGAGACGGAACAUCGGCGUCCAAGCGACGACGCGUUUCCGCGAGAGGCUAG